AUGCAGAGAUCGCCGCCCGGCUACGGCGCACAGGACGACCCGCCCUCCCGCCGCGACUGUGCAUGGGCUCCCGGACUCGGGGCCGCUGCUGAGCCGCGCGGCCUCCCUGUCACCAACGUCUCGCCUGCGGAGCCCUCCUCGCCGUCCAGCCUUCCGCGGAGCCCACCGCGCAGCCCCGAGUCAGGGCGCUAUGGCUUAGGCCGCGGAGAGCGCCAAACGGCCGACGAGUUGCGCAUCCGGCGGCCAAUGAAUGCUUUCAUGGUGUGGGCGAAGGACGAGCGCAAGCGACUGGCGCAGCAAAAUCCGGAUCUGCACAACGCAGUGCUGAGCAAGAUGCUGGGCAAAGCGUGGAAGGAGCUGAACACAGCGGAGAAGCGGCCCUUCGUGGAAGAGGCCGAACGGCUGCGUGUACAGCACUUGCGUGACCAUCCCAACUACAAGUACCGGCCUCGCCGCAAAAAACAGGCGCGCAAGGCCCGGAGGCUGGAGCCCGGCCUCUUGCUCCCGGGCCUCGUGCAGCCGUCUGCGCCACCUGAGCCCUUCCCUGCAGCUCCAGGCUCGGCCCGCUCCUUCCGCGAGCUGCCCACACUGGGCGCGGAGUUCGAUGGCUUGGGGUUACCCACGCCCGAGCGCUCGCCUCUGGACGGCCUGGAGCCUGGCGAGGCCUCCUUCUUCCCACCACCUUUGGCGCCCGAGGACUGCGCUGUGCGGGCUUUCCGGGCGCCCUAUGCCCCCGAGCUAGCACGGGACCCUAGCUUCUGCUACGGGGCGCCCCUGGCCGAGGCGCUCAGGACCGCGCCGCCUGCCGCGCCGCUCGCGGGCCUCUACUACGGCACCCUGGGCACGCCAGGACCGUAUCCCAGUCCUCUGUCACCACCACCUGAGGCCGCGCCUCUUGAGGGAACAGAGCAACUGGAGCCUACCGCCGACCUUUGGGCUGAUGUGGACCUCACCGAAUUCGACCAGUAUCUCAACUGCAGCCGGACUCGACCAGAUGCCACUGCACUUCCCUAUCACGUGGCGUUGGCCAAACUGGGUCCGCGCGCCAUGUCCUGUCCAGAGGAAAGUAGCCUCAUUUCUGCGCUGUCUGACGCCAGCAGCGCAGUCUAUUACAGCGCCUGUAUCUCAGGUUAGGCACUGCCCUUGCCCUCCAGCGCUUCAGCAUGUGGCCAAACGGCAGGGUCCUGCCUGCUCCCUUCCUUUCGCAGAUGUAUGUUAGGUAUG